AUGGCCUCCUUCCCCGCGGAUCCCGCAGAGCCUCCCGGCCGAGGCCCGCCGGGGGCGGAGGGCGCCGCCGCCGCCGAGGAGCCGCGCAAACUUCGGCCAACUUCGGCGCCGCCCGCCCCGGCUGAGCCCGACGGGGGCGGCGGCGGCGGCGGCGGCGUGUCGGGCGGGGCUGCCGCGGGGGCGCCUGCGCCGCCGCCGCCGCCGCGCUUCUCGGCCGAGCAGGUCUCGUGCGUGUGCGAGGCGCUGCUGCAGGCGGGCGACCCGGGCCGGCUGGGCCGCUUCCUGGGCUCGCUGCCGGCCGACGACGAGGCGCGCUGCCUGGAGGCGCCGGCGGGCGAGAGCCUGGCCAAGGCGCGCGCGCUGCUGGCCUUCCAGCGCGGGGACUUCGGCGAGCUGUACCGGCUGGUGCAGAGCCGGCCCUUCGGCGCGCCCCACCACCCCUUCCUGCAGGACCUCUACCUGCGCGCCCGCUACCGCGAGGCCGAGGCGGCGCGGGGCCGCGCGCUGGGCGCCGUCGACAAGUACCGCCUGCGCAAGAAGUUCCCGCUGCCCAGCACCAUCUGGGACGGCGAGGAGACGGUGUACUGCUUCAAGCGCCGCUCCCGCGCCGCCCUGCGCGACUCCUACGGCCGCAGCCGCUACCCGAGCCCCGAGCAGAAGCGCCGCCUGGCCCGCGACACCGGCCUCUCGCUCACGCAGGUCAGCAACUGGUUCAAGAACCGGCGGCAGCGCGAUCGCAGCGGCGGAGGCGCCGGCACGCCCAGCAAGAGCGAGUCCGACGGGAAUCCCAGCACAGAGGACGAGUCCAGCCACGGUCCCGAGGAAACAGAAGUGGCCAUGGGGAUUUCCACCACCCCUGAAGGGGUCCCGACUUCCAGCAGCCUUUUCCUGCCGGCCGCUUGCUCCAGCGCCUCUUCCAUCCUUCUUAACGGGAACUUCAUCACCGCCAGCUCUCCCACCAUGCUCCUCAAUGGCGGGUCCGUCAUCCAGACGCCCAGCGGCGGCGUCAUCCUGAACGGCUUGGCUCUCGGGGAGAACCAGACCAUUACUCUCAGCCCCGUGGCGGCACCCAGCCCUCCCAUCCUCCUCAACGGUUCCCCCACCCUGUUGGGCGGCAAGUCUUCGGCCGCCAACAACAGCCAGGAGGCCUCCAGAGGUCCCCAGGAGCCUCUAGCUUCAGCCACGGUCCUCCUCAGCCCAGGGUCUCUCCAGGGGGAGGUGAAGUUGGAAACGGCCGAGGCGUUGGCGUUUGGCGUGGAGGUGAAGUCGGAGGCCGUCCCGCCGCUCUUGUCUCUCCCCGAUGCCUCCGCGCUCCUCUCUGACCACAAGCCCCCCCGGCUGGCGGCUGUUUCCAUGUCGCAAGUCGUCCCGUCCAACGAAGAGGCCCCCGCAGCCGCCCACCUGCCCCCAGCGCCUCAACCGCCGGUCACGUCCACGCCUCAGAUUGUCCCCCUUGCCAAACUAGUCUCUGCUGCUCAAGUCCUGCCUGCAGCCACAGUCAGUGGCCAGGUUUCCCUGGCCACGCCAUCUCCCGCUAGCACAGCCACGCCGCUCCUUUCCAUCCCGGGUCCUUCUCCGGCCCAGGCGACCGUUCUCCACGUCCCUGCCCCACCCCUGGUCCCCAUCAGCCAGGUGUCGCCCCCCUCCCAGGUGGUACCUUUGUCCCAGCCCGUUUCGGGGACCCAGGUGCUCUCCCCACCUCAAAUGGUGCCCAUGUCCCCCACCCAGAUCUACACCGUACCCCAGGGGGCGCCUGCCCCUCAGCUCAUCUCCCUGCCCCAGGCGGCCCAGGGGUCCCAGAUAAUCUCGUUGCCCCAAGUGGUGCCCACCUCCCAGGUCGUGACGCUGCAGCAGAGCAUGGGCAGCCCCAUCCAGAUCCUGACCAGCGGUGCCCCCAUCAAACUCGGUCCCGUGGCAGGGACGCCGCAAGCAACCGUGGCAGGAGGGAACCUUGGCCAAAGCAAUGUGCAUCUCAUCAACACCAACAUGGGGAUGACGGCGCUGCAAAUCCAGGGUGCCGCACCAGGUAAUAUCCUCCUGACCAACCCAGCGACUGGCAGCAGCACCAUCAUGACCGGCCUGGCUCUGCAGCAGGGCAAGCUCAUCCUGACGGCCACCUUCCCAGCCGGCAUGCUGAUGGCCCCCAUCCUCUCGGCUCCAGCAGCCCCAGCCUUGGCCCUCCCUAUCAAGCAGGAAGUGCCGGUGAGCGCCCCAGCCGCCCUGGAGGUCAACGAAGGCAGCGGCGUGUUGCUCCCGGGGGUGGCUUCCGUGCUGCCGUCCGGAGUCUCUCCUCUCUCGGCUUCUGACGGGGCCGGGCCGGCCGACUUGGCGUUCGGCACAGACCCUGGCCAUGCGGGCCUCCUUUCAAACUUCUCCCAGCCAGAAGGCCUGACUCUGUCCCAGCAGCAGGUGGUGUGGUCCAGCCCGGUCAGCAUGGACCUGCAAGGCACCAGCUCGGAGGGGCUGUUUGAGAUGGACAAGAGCACCAUGGAGGACCAAAGCGGCCUGCUCCGGCUCCCCGAGGGAGAAGGCCUCUUGCUGGAUGCCUCUGGGGACGACCCCCUGGGUCCCGAAGCGCUCGACUCGGAGGAGAAAGUCCUGACGCAGCUCCAGUCGGUGCCGGUUGAAGAGCCUCUGGACUUAUAAGGCGAAGAGGGCUUGGGUACCGUGGGUGGAAGUGUGGACCCCUGCCCCGUGGGACGUUCCUUUUAACCUGUAAUCCUCGGCCUCUGCUCCGGCCGUUCCCCACACCAGCUCCUGUUUUGGGGAUGCUAGAAGUGCCUUGAUAAGGGAAACGCUUUCUCGCACGUGUGAACCCUUGUCCCCACGCCCCUGCAAUCAGGGCUGGUUGUACCUUUUUUGCAGGGUGAACAAACACUACAGUACAGAAACGCACGGGGCAAUAAGCAACCCCACCCCACCCCACGUGCAUAUACACUAACCGCAACGUCCAACUUCCUGUCCAACCUGAGUGCCGCCUUGUGGCUGCCGGGAGAGUAGCAAGCACUGUCUUCACUCUGGAGGUCGCCUCAGCUCCAGCAUGAGGGGUGUGGGUGGCCCGCCUUCAUUUCUUGCCUAUUAGAAACUCAUCCAGUCGCUUCCAAGACGCGAUGUAGCUUGGAAAAUUAGGAAAUCCCCAUUCCCAGGGGGCAGGGAGCACUUAUAUGACAAGGUGGGGUUUCCUUUCCCCUCCUCCAUGGUGCUAGGGAUGGGCUUCAGGUGUUACUAUGACCCCAAAUCCCACUUUGGAGGGGCAGAGAGAAUCGCCCGUUUACCCAGCGCUUGGUUCCUGUUCCAGUUAGGGAGUGACAAGGCCUGUGUGCUCUCGUUCAUACUUCACUUCGCAUUGGCUGUUAGUACCGUGGGUGGAGAUAUUCAUGCAGUCCUACAGAAUAUUCUGCUCUAAAUUGGAACACCGGUGCUAGAAAACAAUGCAGACAUUAUUCCAGUCCUCCUGGGCAGAAAAGCCUGGCUAGAGUGUCUCCUUUCCUUUCCUGUCUUCAGGGGCCCAUGCUUUGGUUAUAGAAUAGCUUUCUAGCAUUUCAUGUAGGUGGCAGAACAAAGGAAAGUUUGGACUACAGUCCUAUGCAGCAAGAGUACAAGAAGCACAUUUGUUAAAGUGGGGUUGGAUUCAGCACAAGGUAGUCCUACAAUUAAAAGGUACAUGCAGAUAGUUUUUAUAUAUGAAUUCAGGGUGACCUUAUGAAAAGGAGGACAGGGCUCCAGUAUCUUUAACAGUUGUACAGAAAAGGGAAUUUCAGCAGGUGUCAUUUGUACGCAGGUAGCACCUGGUGAAAUUCCCUCUGUAUCACAACAGUUAAAGCUGCAGGAGGAGUUCUCUUUUGUAUCUGCUCACUCUAGUAUAGCUCCUUCAGCUUUAACUGUUGUGAUGAAGAGGGAAUUUCACCAGGUGCUACCUGCGUACAAAUGACACCUGCUGAAAUUCCCUUUUCUAUGCAACUGUUAAAGAUACAGGAGCCCUGUCCUCCUUUUCAUAGGGUCACCCUAAUAAAUUCAUGGUCUCUUAAGCUACAGUAACAACGAGUUACUUAAGGUGCAAUCCUAUGCCAACUUACCUGGGAGUGAGUACCAUUGAACAUAGUGUGACUUACUUCCGAGUGGACAUGUAUAGGAUUGUGCUAUUAGUCUCUUAAGCCACAGUAAAAUGAAUUCUAGCUACACCAUAAUAUCCCCUUAUAUUUGGGAUUGGGAAAAAUAGACACACGUUAAUUAGGGACACCUGAAGAUGGGAUGAUACUUCGAAAAACAGGAAUAUGCAGUUGGACAUAAGUGAUCACUACCCCUUAAAAUAUGAUUGCAAACUUGAGUAUAACUUAACUUCCAAAUCCUAAAAUUAGCAAGUGGUCUGGCUUUUUUUUUAAGACACAGAAGCCAUAUAUAUAAAAAUCUAUUUUUAGAAGAAAGGUUAUUUAAAAUCCACUAUUUCCAUGUAAUUUCUAUAACCCCUUGGCAACUUUAAUUCCUAUCUAUUUAAUGGUCUUUUUAUCAUGAGGAUAGAAGAGGGAAAAUAAACUACAGCACAACAUUUUCUUACACUACAUCCGUGUAAUUGAUGGGGAACUUUAAGAUCUUUAGCAACUUUUGAAGUAUUGAACCUGUCCUGGUCAGGGAAUGAAUUUGGCACUUCUUGUAAAUAAAAGGACUUUCUACAGAGCCAGUUUCGGAAGGCAGGUGGGGGGGGGGGUCUCAAGCCAUCAUGGAGCAACCCAGCAGCUUGAAACAUAAAAACUGUCUGUUCAGGAGAAGCACCUUUGUUUUUCUAAUGCAUUUAAAAAGAAAGAAAGAAAUCUAUGUACCUUACAAGCAAAAGUAUAUUGUUCUAAACUGCAUCAUCUUCAGGUAGCUGAACCAAAGGUCUGCGUUGCCAUGAGGUCGCUUCCUAGCUCUUUAGACCUAGAAAACAGUGCAGACAAUUCUACAGAAGGGAAAAGUUUGUUUCAGUCCUCCAGGGCAGAAAUUCCUGGCUAAAGUGCCUUCUGCUCCCCCCUUCUUUGCUAAUGGGCCCAUGCGCCCUCGAUCCUGUUUCAAGAACCACUCAACGAGUGGUUUCACAUGGGGAAAUCGCGUUUGCUUACCGUUGCUUCUCCACCUGCAACGUAGCCUAUUCAGUGGGCUGUUUUGAUCCUGCUGCAUCUGCACACAGCAGGAGAGAGCGGCAAGUUCCGUCUUUAAAAACAAGUCAGACUUACUGGGAUGUGGGUUUUUUUGUCACGCAAAGAAGCGCACGAGAGGCAGACAACGUCACAAAAGGGACCCGCGAAUAUCCGUUACUGUCCAGUAACGAGCGUGCAAUAAAACACUCGUCUGAUGGAGUUCAGUAUCCGCACAGGUUUUCACUGAGGUUGAAUCUGUACAAAAACAGCUGUUCGAGGAAGUUCUAUGUGGAGAAAAAUCCCCUCACAACAGCAAAAUGGUGGAUUGGUGUUCUUUCCCUCCCCGCUGCCUUUUCCACGAUCAUUUCAGUAGUCUGACUAGCCACCCACCCCCCUCUUUUUCCCCCAACUAGGUACUACAACAGAAUUACACCUUUUUCCACAGUUUGUGAGAAGCAAUCAUUUCUACAAGAUAUUUUUCUAUCUUUUGUUGUUUUUAAUGUGUA